AUGGACCCCCAGAAACGCAAGACCGCAAGCACAAGCAGCAAUGGCACGACACAAACCAGCAAACGCAGGAAGCUGGACCUGUCGCGUCCGCAUCCCAAUGCGCAACAGUCCGAGGACUUUGGUAUCGUGUUGCGAGAAUUCUAUCCGCCGGAAAUGAGCAACGAGCGUUACCAGGCCUACAAUGAUGGAACCGUGGACUGCAGCGGGCCUACGAGGAGAUGGCCGACCAGCAUGGCAUAUCAAACCGCCAAGGAACACAAUAUCCCGCUGAUCGGGUUGUAUAUUCUGUCGCCCCAGGAUUUGAAGGCUCAUCUGUUGAGUCCGGCGCCGGAGACGCAGGAAAUUCGCAAAAGCAUACCUCAGAGGAUUGUGGAUCUGUGUCAGCAAUGGGGAGCAAACCAUCUCUACGCAAACUUGGAAUAUGAGGUUGACGAGUUGCGACGUGAGGCGAAGCUGGUGAGGCUGUGCGCAAAGAACGGAAUCAAGCUCGAGAUCGCCCACGAUAUAUGCGCCGUUCCCCCUGGACAGGUGACCAGUCAGCAAGGCAAACAGUACGCAGUGUAUAGUCCCUGGUACCGCACGUGGCUCGCCUAUCCGAAUGAGAAUCGUGACUGUCUGGAACUAUCGGAGGAGCCGGGAUCGAACCCGGGUGACGAGCGGAAUAUUCUAAGGAGUUAUUUGACAGCGAGGUUCCAGGGGCACCAGAGCAAGCAGCUGUUGGAGGAGAAGAAGCGCCUAGGUCAAUUAUAUCCAGCAGGCGAACAUGAGGCGCUGCGUCGGUUGGAGGCAUUCUUGGAAGAGAAGGUGAAGGACUAUGCGGAGGCACGGAAUAUGGUGUGUGGACAGACGACCUCAAUCCUGAGUCCCUACUUCGCAUCUGGCUUGCUCAGCGCGAGAACGGCAAUCGCGCACAGAGCCAACAAGGGUUUACUGCAGCUGGUGACCCUGGUCUGGUCCACUGGAUCAUAUGAACAAAUGCUUAAACCUGAAUUUACCAACCUGGAAUGGGAGUACGAUGAGGACAAGCUCAACGCGUGGUGUGAAGGGAAAACCGGCUUCCCCAUAGUGGACGCCGCCAUGCGACAGGUGAAACAUGACAAAUGGAUGCACAACCGGACGCGUAUGGUUGCCUCCUUUUUCUCAAAGGAUCUGCUCAUCGACUGGCGCUGUGGCGAGCGAUACUUCAUGGAGAAUCUCAUCGAUGGGGACUUUGCGUCCAACCAUGGCGGGUGGGGAUUCGGGUUGAGUACAGGUGUGGAUCCCCAGCCGUACUUUCGAAUCGUCAAUCCACUCCGUCGGAGCGAACGGUUCGAUCCAGAUGGGUGCCUGAGCUGMGUGAUAUCAAAGGGGCUGUACGCAUGA